AUGGAUGGCAGAGAUUUCGGUCCUCCCCGAUCGGUCCACGUACCACCUUCGUUGUUGGCGGGGCUCGCGAUGGAGUCUCACUCCAUCCGACUCGGAGCAGCGGCUGCAGCCGGGAGGAUCCCUCCCUCGCCCGGUCACUUGGUGGGGAGUCAGCCGCCGCCUCUCCACUCCGGAAAAUUCUUGCCAUCGGCCAUUAACAUACAUCCACACCACAGCGAUGCCUUCCCGGCAGGAUCCAGCCCCUUCCUGUCAGGUUAUCCAGGCCCCUCCUCUCUGACCUCUGACCCUGCAUACAGAUCCACAAAUCCCAGCAGUCUGCAGAUGGCUCAGCUGUGGGCAUCGCACGCUCAUGAUGGCUACCCCCCUCUCCCAAGCAGCCUGUACUCCAGCCCUUACCUGGGGCACCUGGGACACCUGGAGCCUCCCUCGCUCUCUCAGCACCCUCUCUAUGAUUCUCAUAAAGAGGGAUAUUACCUGCCGUCCUCCCUGAGGCAGUCACCUCUCCACCCCCCAUCUGCUGCCUCAGCUACCCCGUCCAGCUCCACACCCCCGCAGAGGACAUCCCGGGAUGGGCUUAGGGACAGGUCUUACCGGGGGGAGAGAGAGAGGGACAGAGAGAGGGAGCGGGUGAGAGAGGAGCAGCGGCCGCAGAGUGUGGUGGACCUGACACAGGAGGGGAGGAGUGAGGAGGACCGCAGGGUGGGCAGAGAGCGAGAGAAGGAAAAGGACCGGGACACAGAAAGAGACAGAGAUGGUUGGUCCUUCCAUCUGCACCAGCAAAAGUUACACUCCCAGCCUUCCACAGUGGAGCCCAGAUCCAGGCUGUCAUCUCCACAGUCCUCCUUCCCUCCUGGUGGGGGUGGAGGCACAGGCAGGUUUCAUGGACCAGAAACGGACAGGGGGGGUCGGGAUGAGGAGAGCAGCUCUCGACCUCACCAUAACGCUAACGCUAAUUCAAAUAACUCAAACUCUCAUUCAGACAGACAUAGGAGGAAUGACUCUGUAGCCACAUCAGCUGGAACCCUCCACGUAUCCUAUGUCCUCCCUCCUGCUCUCCAGGCCUCCACCGGUGGUGUGCCCCACCUUUCCACGGCGAGAGAGUUUGCCAGAGAGCAGCGAGUCACUGCACCUACAUAUGUGCCUUCUGUGGAGGUUUAUGACGAGCAGGCAGGGCCAAUUCAGAUUGCAUCACAGGCCCGUGAUAACAAACACAGUGAUAAACACAGAGACAGAGAAAGGGAACGGGAGCGUGAAAGGGACAGAGACAUGGAGCACGAACGGGACAGAGACAGAGAGAGGGAGAGCUACAGGUUUCAUGAGAAAAUCCUCAUGGAGCAUCCACGGCUCUCCCACUCAGGCGAUUUAAGCAAUCAAAGAGAGGAAGGUUCUGUGAUUUGUUCCAAUGGUUCCGUUGGUAAACGAAUCCAGGAUGCAUCCCUCUCCUCCAGUCAAUCAAGGUUCAGCCCAGAAACCAGGGACAUCUCUAAACACUCAAACAGAUUGGGCAUAGAGCGGUCAGGGGCGGAGCCGAAGUGGAAUAACAUCAGCCCGCUGACCAACUAUGCUACAAGUCACAUGGCUGCCCUGGCAGCCCAACACGGACACACACUCUCCGCUUCCCACAGCCAGCCAACACACACGCGAAUGUCACAGUCCCCUCAUACAUCCCAUCGACACAACAGCAACACACAAUCUACCCACAGCCAUUCCCCUCAGACACACUCUUCCCAACACGGACAUGGGCGUGCAGGUGAGGAGGGGAGUCAGAGACGCUACCUGGACCCGUCGGCGCUCUACCGACCAGGGGGUUCCAGCAGUGGAGAGCGUGGCGGGGGAUCAGGUUCAGAUUCCAAAGAGGUUUCAGCCAUGCAGAGCCUGAUCAAAUACAGUGGAAACUUUGCUGCUGAAGGUCCUGGUUCCUCCAGGCACAUCGCAGACGGCAGAGGGCCCUUUGGUGGACUGGGUACCAUCAGGGUGGAAGUCGAGAGGGAUAAAGAGAGAGAGCGGGAGAGAGAGAGAGAGAGGGAAAGGGUAGCAGGUGGUUCAGGGCCCUUAAGGAUGCCUCCUCAACUGAAGAGAGAACAGGAGCGACCAGACAGCGCCCGCUCCUUUGGCCGGGAGGGUGAGGGUGAGGUGCGCCACCCUCCGGUUGGGAUUGCUGUUGCUGUGGCUCGGCAGAGAGACAGCGGGACCACCAGUAAACAGACGGGUGGAAGCUCAGACACACAGAGACCCCUGCUGCAAAUGGCUAUUAAAGAUGAAGAAUGUGGGGAGGAUCGUGCUCGCCACCAUGAAGACAGACUGCUGGUUGGCCGGCUGGAACGUGAGCAGGAGAAAGUGCUCAGAGAGUCCAAAGAGCUGGCAGAGUUUACUCAGAUGCACCCUGCCCCACUAUCUAGUGGCUUGACACCCGGUAUGAUGACGUCCAGCCUCAUGACCCCGAACCUUGUGGUCACAGGAGGGGCUGCUCUGGCAGGGGCAGGGCGGUGGCCUCCUGACCCCUCAACUUUGACCUCUCACCCCUGGAUGCCCCGGCCUGGUGCUCCCCCAGUCUGGCUCUCUGGCUCACCGUACAGCCUGGGUCCCUCUUCACUCCACCAGACCCUUCCCCCAGGCUACCCACCCUCUCUGCCAGGCUCGAUGCCCCCUCCCUACCAGUUUGCCAGAGACCCACAGUCUGGACAGCUAAUCGUCAUCCCAUCUGAACACCUGCCGCACUAUGGCGGUGAUGUACUGGAGCGUGGAGCCCCAGUGUGGUCGGGCGUGUACGGUACAAGCAGCACUCUGCAGCAUGCAGCCCAGCUGCAGCUCCUUUCUCAGCAGCAAAUGCUCCGGCAACACGAGCUACUCAUGAUCCAGCAGCAGACGGCGCAGGUCCUGGAGCUACAGAGGAAUGCACAGCUAGCUGAGCGCCUAAAGGCCAGUGAGCACCGGCCAGAUAUGGAAGACAAAGCAGACAAGCGGAACACUGACUCAAAACCCAGAUCCUCCUCAAUAUCUUCCCCAUCUCCUUCACCAAUCCUGCAUCCCCGCAAACCUCCUCCUUCCUCUCGUUCACCAACCCCGUCAACAUCGUCCCUCACCCCGCUGCCUCGGCUCCCCUCUCCAGUGACAACACUAAAGUCAGAGGAUGGUGGGCAGAGAGUGCUGUCUCACCCACCAAAACCCCUGCCUCACCCGCCUUCACCCCGUUCAGCAUCUCCGCCCCCGUCCUCGCCACGGCGGCCUAAACAGGAGGUGUCUGAGGAGGGGGAGGUGGGACAGAGGGAGCAGAGAGAGGGGCAGAAGCCAGCCUCUGCACCCUUUCAAGGAAUCUACUCUGAUCUCCGUCCAGGUUAUCCUUAUCAGUCCAUCACUGCCCCAUUCGGCUCACCUUUCCCUCCUUAUCACAUCCCAACGUCCACAGGGGAAAAUGCAGAAGCUGUCCCACCACGGCGCUCCUGCUCUCCUGCCUCGACUGCCCCUUUGCCUUCAGCCCACCUCCAUUCAAGGCUUCUGGACACAGAUAUCAAGCCUCAAAAGCUAGAGCAGUCAAAGACGGGAUCUUUCCUCAAACAGGAACCCGGUGUGGAGCAGCCAAAGGUUGACAUAACGCCAGAGCCACUUGGACCUCUUCGGCAAAGCUGUAGUCCUGUCCAAACCACCCAGGGCAGAGAAGAAGACAGGGAACCCCCAAAGCCACAGCCUCAACCGUUACCUCUGCAUAUCCCUAGUCCUCCCCCACAACAAGCUGGAGGACUGGAAGUCAGGGAGGAAGAGAAAGAAGGAGGUCAAAUCAAAAUAGAAGUGUCAGCUUACUCAUGUCAAGCAGCAUAUUCUGAGCCUCCUCCACUCACAGAAGCUGAACCUAAAUCAGAGGUCAUCAAGUAUCCAGACCAAACACAGUAUCCACAGUGCAUCAGCACACAUUCAGAGAGACAGGAACUGUCUCAGGCAUGUGCAUCACUAGAGCAAACCACCAGUGCUUCAUGUGAACAAGAACAGCCAGACACUCCAGUCAGCUUGCAUGCUCCAAGUCCAAAAGAAAUUCUUGAGCCUCCUGUUACUCCACCUCCCGCCCCCAGCUCUCCACUCCCACUUGUCAUCAGUUCAGAAGAUCCCAUGGCAGGGAUGCUCACCCUGCUGACCGCUAGUGAGAUGGUCCAGCCUCUAUCCAUCACCCCACCUGCCCCAAUACUCAUGCCACAGAUAGAAAACUGCAGCAGUGCGGGACCCAUGGAGAUGGUGGCGCUGGAGGGGAUGGCCCUGCUCAGCCAAAUGGCCCAGCAAGAGUUGGAAAACAGCCACCAGGAGCAAGAUCUGACGUUGGAUGGUAUAGACUGUCUUCUUGAAGCAAGCAGACAAAUCCUUCUGGAGGCCAUAGAGAAACAGUCCCACAUUGAUCUGCCCAGAACGCUGGACCCCAACAAGAAGUACAGCUGGCGGCAGAGGAAGGAGGAGCCACUGUACAGUAAACUGUCUUUGGAUGUGUUGGACACCAUGGAAGUGGAGCUCCGUGUUCGCUUGGCUGAGCUGCAGAAGACGUACAAAGAGAAGCAGAGAGAGCUCAGCAAGCUCCAGAGACGCAGAGACAAGCGUGAGCGGCAGCUUCAGGAGGAUGAGAGGCGGAGUCUGACCAGACGGGGCCGAGGACGACCGCGAAAGAGAAAACACUUGGCCACACCCACCAAACUAGACAGCAGGCCUGGAAAGGUGGGUAGGACGGUGCAAUACUCUGAGGACUCUGAAGCAGGGGAAGGACAAAGGAAGAAGUUCCGGGUGUCCAGAGAAGAAGAGGAAACAGAGGCAGGAAGUGGAGGCUUGAAAAUUAAAAAGAAGAAAAAGAAGAAGAGCUGGAAUGACACAGAGCCAUCCACUAGUCAUGCGCUGGAGGUGCUAAAGGCAAAGCGCGGCCUUGUAUGCGAGCAGGAGCAGCUGGCGUCAGACCUCGACAGAGCGCUUUCGCUCUCGCAGCUCGGCUCUCUUGGAGCAUCUCGCAAACUCACCUCCAGCAUGAAAUCAGAGAAGUCGAAGGGCAGGUGUGUCGAAAGUCAGCUCAAGGAGAGAGGAAUCCAUUCCUCGGUCAAAGCAGGAAAACACAAGAUGGCUGCGAAGGCUUCCGCCUCAGACGUUGCUCGGAAAGUGAAAGGUCAGAAGAAGAAGGCUUUGUUCUCUCCCAUGAGAUCAGAGCUCAGCAGCUGCUCCAACAACUCGGAUUCAGAGGAGCACACUUCUGCUCGAGGGGGCUGGCCUCCUCACUCAGGGACGCGCUCCCGCGGCAGCCUGCCCAGGAAGAGGCGGUCUACUUCAUCACCGACAUCCCUGCUAUCCAGUGAGAAAUCUCAGAAGAAGAAACACAAGCACUUAUCCCUACUGCUGGAGGAAGCGGGCCUCAGCUCCUCCGACGACUCCUUCGACCAAGAAACCUCGGAGGACGAGGAGGAGGAAGAGUCAGAAUCGGAUGACGGCGGCUGCGAGGAGAGCGGGCUGGGUCUGCUGGCCAGGUUUGCGGCGAGUGCACUCCCUGUCAGCUCGGUUCCUUUGAGCCUCCACCACGACAGCAAACACUGCAGCAGACAAAGCACUCUGGGUUCACCAGAGUGUGAGUGGUCAGACUCUGGCCCAGACGUGAGGCUAAGGAAGUUCCCUUCUCUGCUGCAUGGAAAACGGUCCGCCCCCGAGCUCCCUCUUUUGCCUCCAGCAACCCGCCGCACUGACCACACCAGCCCCACCAAGCGAGAUGAGGUGCUGCCAGUCAAACGCAAGCCUCUGCCCAAAACGCGCCCCACACCUCGCUCACCACGGAGAUUUAGCUUCGACCUUGCCAGCAGUUCUGGGUUUGGAGGCUUUAGCGAGGACGAGGGCUGGAACCGCCGUCGCAGCGAGAGGAUUUUCCUCCAUGAUGCCACCGUUUCAGCCAGCCAAAUGUCUGUAUCGCCCUCCACUGUUUCCACCAAUCAGAGCUCCUCCGCCAGCUCCGCCCCACCACUCACACCGAAGGCCGUCUCCAGACCCAAGCCCACUCAACCCAGCAGAGAGGGGAAAGACGUGGUGAAAAAGAAGAAGCUGAAGGACUCGCCUCUGCCUGUGAGCCCAUCCACUCUGUGCAGUCCAAUCACGGACAGCCCUGCGCCUCUGAGCCUCAGCCCUGCAACCAAGAGUCAACCAAAAGCUAAGCCCAAAGCCAGAGAGCCUUCCAGGGGUGCGGUGAGCAGGCUGAUGGAGAGCAUGGCAGCAGACGAAGACUUCGAGCACAACCAAGACAGCAGCUUCAGCGAAGACGAACUCCUCCCAGCACGAAGCAACAGCAUAUCAGAGAGAGCCUCCACUCCUGCUCCAGUGCAGUGUGUGCUGGAUAAGGACUCUCUGGUGGACGGACUCAGAGUUUUGAUCCCGAUGGAUGACCAGCUACUGUACGCAGGACAUGUGAACACUGUACACUCCCCUGACAUAUACAGCGUGGUGGUGGAGGGGGAGAGAGGAAACCGGCCGCACAUCUACUGCCUGGAACAGCUACUCCAAGAGGCUAUCAUUGAUGUGAAGCCUCCAUCCGUGCGCUAUCUCCCUGAGGGCACCCGCAUUGCUGCCUACUGGAGCCAGCAGUACCGCUGUCUUUACCCCGGCACUGUUGUCAACGGAAAUUCAGAUAUAGACGAGAACGAUGAUCUCAUCACGGUGGAGUUUGAUGAUGGUGACACAGGCCGCAUCCCCCUCUCACACAUCAGACUGCUGCCGCCAGACUACAAGAUCCAUUGCGCUGAACCGUCUCCUGCUCUGCUCGUGGCCAGCUGCUCCAGGAGGAGGGUCCGCAAAUGCAGCAAAGAGGGCAAAGAGGUGGGAACAAAGCCAGAGGAGACCACUCCGAAGAUCAAAGGAAAACCUGGUCGCAAACCAAAACCCAAACCAGAGACCUCCAUGAACUCGGAUGGUCGGGAGAAAGCUGAUCCUCCACCUCCCUCCACCCAGCCCGCUGAGAGACCCCAGGCUCCAGCCAAGCCUGCCCAGGAAAGAACCUGCUCUGUGCAGAAACCAGCUCAGGAGAAACCCCGCCCUGCAUCCCGGCCAACACUGGGAACCCAGACAAAACCAGGCCGCAGGAGCUCGGCUACAUCCCCAGCAAGUAGCCCUACGCUUUCCAGUCCAGUACCCAGAAAGAGCAGUCUGGCGCAGCCUCCAGGUUCUAAAGCAUCCCGUGCUCUCCCUCCCUCACUCUACCCCUCCACAUAUGGUAAGGUCCUGACUGUGGAUCUGUACAGCGAGCCAAACCUCAGCUCAUACAACAGCCAGCGCAGAGAGAGGGAGAAUAACAGCACUGUCAGCCCCACUACCAGCAGGCCCAUGUCUAGGUCCAGUAUAACUGCAUCAUCUACUGUAUCCAAACCUGCUGCAUCGUCCACACCCAGACCUACUUCUGGUUCCUCGCCCAAAACCAAAUCCUCCUCAGACCAUCACAGCAGCUCUAGACCCAGUCUCAGCUCUGGACUGAUGUCCAGCCCCACCUCUAGGCUGUCAACAGGCAAAGCCAGCUCUUCUGUGACUGCCAGACCUUCAUCGUCAUCAUCAAUAGCAUCACCCUCGGCCCCCAGACCUAAAAUCAAGAUGCCGUCUGACCAGCUGUCAUCCAGGCCGAGCUCCAUCUCCAGGCCCAAGACCAGCCCCGGGCAUUGUGAUGUGAGGCGGAAGUCCCUCUCUGCAGAGCCCCUCGUCAAGCUCGACCAUGAAGGCGUCACCUCUCCUAAAACCAAGAAGACAAAGGCUCUGAUGUUGCUAGAAGGUCGUGGAGUUAGACGAGACCACACCCCCAUUAGCACAGCCGCAUCUAAUCAAAAGCUACUGAAGGCUAAAGUUAGAGCUCCAGGUAGUGAGACUGGUGUGCCAGACAAGGACUUGACCUACAAAGCUUCAAUGCCAUCUAAAGAGAAGGCAGAAAGUCGUGGAGGGAGAGGACAGGAGGUGGACACAAGAGAGGAGAAAGGUAAAAAGGAGGAGAGAAAGGAGGUGGAGAAGAGGGAGGAGAGAAAGAUGAAAGAGGAAUCUCAGAGCAGCAGCAGCUCAGAGUCAGAGGAAGAAGGAGAGAAAGGGAAAAUGAAGAAGAAGAAGAAAUGCACCUCAAGCUGCUCUUCCUCAUCUUCAUCCUGCUCUGGUUCUUCCUCAUCUUCUUCCUCAUCAUCAUCAUCUUCAUCAUCAUCUUCAUCGACUGAUGACUCCUCCUGCAGCUCAGAUGAAGAGAGGACUCCUACACCUCCACCAGCCCCAGUCCAGAAGCCUCCAGGACAAGAUAAACCUAAAGAAGAAGCAAAAGAAGAAGAGGAUGAUGAGGAAGAGGAAGAAGAGGAGAUAAAGAAGGAGGCUGAGGUAAAAAUGGAGGAGGAAGAACUGUCUCCAGCACCAGAAUCUCCCUCUCCUUCAACCUCUCCAACUGCUGCUGCUCCUACUCCUGCCAAGCCUGCUAAGCCAGCCACCGGAAAGGGCUCCGGGCAAAGGGGUCGUCCUCCAAAACCAAAGCCCAGUGGUGGUGAGGGGAAAGCGGGGAGGCCAAAGAGGAGAGAGGGGGUCCACCUUCCCACGACAAAGGAGCUGGCUAAACGUCAGAGGCUUCCCAGCGUGGAGAACAGGCCCAAAAUUUCUGCUUUCCUUCCUGCACGACAGCUCUGGAAGUGGUUUGGGAAACCCACUCAGAGACGCGGUAUGAAGGGCAAAGCUAAGAAACUCUUCUAUAAAGCUAUUGUGCGUGGCAGAGAAAUGAUCCGCAUCGGAGACUGUGCGGUGUUCCUGUCUGCCGGCCGCCCCAACCUGCCUUUCAUUGGCCGCAUCCAGAGUAUGUGGGAGUCCUGGGGCAGCAACAUGGUGGUCAGGGUCAACUGGUUUUAUCAUCCAGAGGAGACAAACCCCGGCAAGAAACUCACAGACAAGAAGAACUGGGAUCAGAUAUGCAGUCAGUCUUUACCAGCAGCUCUGCACUCUUCCAUCCAGAGGAAAGACUUCAUGGAGCGCGCCCUCUACCAGUCGUCCCACAGUGACGAGAACGACGUGCAGACGGUCAGUCACAAGUGCCUGGUGGUGAGUGUGGAGGAGUAUGAGCAGAUGACCCACACUCGCCGCUAUGCCGACAGCGAGGACCUCUACUACCUGGCGGGCACCUACGAACCCACCACGGGUAUGAUCUUCAACACAGAUGGAGUUCCAGUCAUCUGCUAAAAAAACAAAGAGAAUCAAAUUGUGACUCGGCUUACUUUGGACCUCAAUAAGGAAGGAGUCAGACCCAACCUGUCAAAUCACUGGUUUUCAUUCACGGUGGAUCUUUUCACAGACUGGAUGAACCGAACUGCUCUGAUAGACUUUAAAAGGAAAAAAAAGAAGACCGCCAUGAACUGCUACUACUACAGAGACGGGAGACACUAUAGACAGUAUUAAGAGAAACGCGUCUCUUGAAACAUUUGCACACACAAACGACACAAAAAUGUUCUGUUCUGCUUGUUGUGUUCAUGGGAAAGUUUUCAGAACACGCAUGAACACUUCGGUCUCCUUUUACAAGUAAAUGUGCCCUGUCUGAAGAGACACGUGUACGCUCACACAUGCACAAACACGAUGUAAAUACAGACGCCAUGUAACACGCAGUUAUAUAGAGGACAAUAUGAGUGUUUUUAUUUUCAUGUAAUAGAUUUAUGUCCGAGUACUUUUCUCUAAAGAGGUAAAACAGUCGAGAAGCUUUAAUGAACUGUGAAUGAUGAUACAGGAAAGAGGCCUGUGUCAGUCUGUCCAUUCUCCCAACCCCCUCCCCCCAAAGCCUGCCCCCCCACACACACACACACACGCACACACACUCUCUGGCUGGACGGACAGACGGACGCCGCUGGUGUGACGUUGUGAUUAUGUUGCCGUGGUGAUGUUACAGUCAUGUUACAGUUAAAUAAAUGUAUCUACAGAACAGCAGGAGCGACAGACAGAGAGAGAAAGAGAUGCACAGAAAGAGAGAGGUAGACUCAUCCUACCAGAAAGCACUUAAAAAAAAAAAAAAAAAAAAGAAACACUUAAAAAUCUUUCUUUAAUUUACCUCCCACAAUUCCCCUUGACAAUCCUAGCUCGGGCAGACAAACUGCCCGCGUGCUUUUAAAAACUUCCUGCUCCCUCAGAGACUCAGGCUAAAGAGAGAGGAAGGAAUCUUGUACUAUUAAAAGCACUUCUCAUUUUCAUCUUUGAGUUCCUUGUUUGAAAGAGAGGAAAGGAAAAAAAAAAAAAAUCCACCCUAAAAACACACGAACACUAGGAAACAAAACCAGCUGCUGUGGGAUGUGUGCUGCAUUUUGUUGUUUGCCCAUUUUGUUCCAACUCUUGAAGGAGAGGUGGAUCCCAGAGGAGGCGCAGACACGAGAUGUUGUGCCUACAGGGCUGUCUGCACGGUGUUUUUUUUGUUUUUUUAAAAAGCAUUAAAAAAAAGCAUCCUGGGAAAUGUAGGCCAUCUCUUUUUUUUUUUUUUUUUUUUUUUU